AUGCCGCCGUUCCACAAGCACCGAGAAUUCGACCUGAAUGCACCGUCUGCCGCAUUCAAGGCCGAGUGGGCGAGCCCAACCAACUAUGCUUUCACGAUCCUCCUCCUUCUGGGUGGCGAUGUUGUUUCCAGAGCUCUCGCACAGCUAGCUGGAGGACGCAUUACGCCGGUGGCCUUCUCAUUCGGUUGGGUAUCUUAUGCCACCUCCGCCAUCAACUCCGCAAUUGGAGAGAACAAGUUGAUGCCCGGUGCCGACACGCCCUGUACCGUCAUCAACGCAGAGAACGGACAAUCACGUGGUAACGGCUCUUGGGUCCUUGGUCGAACAAUGCGCGAUUUCGAAUACUGGAUGGGCGACCCAGUAAGAGAGAAAGUCAAGGAACUCAAGAACAGCAAAUGGCAGUAUGACAAAGACCAAGCCGUAUCGAAAGGGCUGGAUCCUAGCAAGGUCGAAUUCCCGGCACAUGCUGGCCUGGUCGUCUCGGUCUGGAAGUUCGAUGCGGACAAGAAGGACCAGUUCCAAAAGCCAGGACGGGAUCUGUUGUUCUGGUCCGGCAUCGUCGUUGCUAUUAUCCAAUUGGGUGUUUCCCUGAUCCCUUUGGGUGUUUAUGGCAAUUGGGGCGUGUUCCUUGUGACAGCCUCCGCCAUACUCCUAUGCCUUCUGACUGGCUGCCAGCGGCAGUGGCGCCGGGAGAAAUGGGCGUGUCGGCAGAUCGAACCGGGAAAGAAGAGAACGUAUCUCAUGACGAGAGGAAAUGGCGCACAGCAUGCCAUCGUCGUCGAAUGUGAUGGAUGUGGCCUGAACCUAGAAGACCUGUGCACUGGCUUCGACAACCUCGAUUCUCCGGCCAUCUCAAAAACUACUCGAUUCGGCAUGAUUAUCUUGGGCGUGCUGUGGGUGAUCUUACUCAUUACAAGCUCAGCCCUUACAGACCAGUCUUGGUUUCUCAUCGCGGUUGGCGGCAUAGGGAUGCUGCAGAACAUGUUUGUCGCUGGCUGGAGCAGGAAACCCGAAGCCCUCGGUCUCCCGCUCAAGUUUACCACAGUGAUUGGGAGUCCGAAGGUAAUUACGGCAAUCAUCGAAGCCGAACGAGCUUUUCCUACAGUUGGCCGUGCUUUGGUGGGGACCUUCUUCCCAGGUGGCCUCUUUCCCAGGGAAGAGAAAGAGCUUGCCGCCAUAGAGGCUGAGGCUAAGGAGAAGAAACGACAGAUGAAGGAGGCAAAGAAUCUGAGCGAAGUCAAGAAUAGUAUGCUAUAA